AUGCAAGCAUUCUAUUCAACAUCAAGUAUUCAAACAGUUGAAUUGUCAUUCAACAAGUUUUUACCCAGCAAUGGUCUGAACCAUGACAACUCUCAAAACACUCCACUGCUGAUUCUUCCAGGUCUGUUUGGUUCUAAACAAAACUGGAGAUCGCUGUCCAAGUCAUUCGCACAAAGGCUUGAUACAACUGUUGUUCCGCUGGAUCUGAGAAACCAUGGCGACUCACCACAUCACUCUGAACAUUCUUAUAUUGCAAUGUCUGCUGAUGUGGAUGCCUUUGUGACUUCUCAAGGCUGGUCCAAUGUCAAUGUGAUGGGUCAUUCCAUGGGUGGUAAGGUUGCAAUGCAUCUUGCAUUACUGUCUGGUCAUGCAUGGCUCAAUAAGCUUAUUGUUGUGGACAUGCCCCCUGUGGUGCAGUCUGCUGAUAUGAGUGCAUACACACUGAUGUAUAUUCAAGCAAUGAGACAAGUGGAUGAUGCCAAUGUAAAGGAUCCAAAAACGGCUGAGAAGAUGCUUAGUGAAGUCAUCAAGGACGUUGGUGUCAGACAAUUCAUCAUGACCAAUCUCAAAAAGCAAGAAGAUACUUACAAGUUUCGAAUCAAUUUGAAAGCUCUGGAAGAUGGCAUGUCCAACAUGUGGCUAUUUGAUUUUGACAGUAACAAGAGCCAGUUUAAUAAGCCCACCAUGUUUAUAUGUGGAGGAAACUCUACCUAUGUUACUCCAGAUAUGCAUCCCACUAUCAACAAGUUUUUCCCUGCAGCUACGAUCACUAGUAUUGCAGAUGCUGGACAUUGGUUACAUGCAGAAAAGCCAGAAGAGUUUACCAACGUCGUGGUUGAUUUUCUAAAGACUGAAUAA